CGACCAACGUGGACUCCCUGACUCGCAUGUGUCCAGCUCCCAUAUCUCUUUCCAUCUUAGAUCGGGAACUGCAGGCUCUCGAUGAUGACGAUCGCGGUUUGCUAUACGCUGUUCACAGCCAGGAUCUCAGCACGCACCGUGGACAAGACGAGCAGGAUUCACAAUUCGGAGCCCUCCCUGAGGCGCACGAGUGGUACGACCAAUCGGAGUGUGUGGAAUGGCAAGAGGGACCGGUUGACUCCGUCAUGGCCGAAGCUGAUACUGAGGCUACUUGGCAUCCUGACUUUAUCGACGACGAACUUGGCCGACUGGACGACUGGCAGGAGGCUUUCAACGCUCAAAUUGGCCUCGAAGACGCGGCGUUAUCGUACUGGGACGGAGAGCCUGCAGAAGAAGAACGCCCCGAAUCCUACGCCUGCGACCAAGAAUUGUAUGAAGAUGAAGAGGAGAGCUCCGAUAUACUCCAGGGGCCUUCGCGACCACAGACUACUUCGUCAUGGUGCUCGGCAACGUCGGAGCAAGCGAUGUCCUACUCUCCGAGUGCCAUCGCAAGUGAAGUAUCCACGGAGUUGUUGGUUCCGCAAUUCGCUCAAGGUCAAGACGUCGCAAGGAGUCUUCGCGGGCAUUGGUUACCCCAACGGUCGUAACUUUGGCGUCGCAUGUCUGGUCGAUUCUGCGCCUGUAUGUACCUACAGUACGGGCUCUAAACUCGGAGAAUGGAAGAAACGUCUGGUCAAUUCCAUCAUUUGGGUUUUCA